AUGAAGAGUGGGUGUAGUAUUUUUGUCGGAAACAUAGACUUCGAGGUUCCGGAAGAACGCAUAAUAGAGGAGCUUGGGGCAGUAGGGAGGGUUGUUAGCUUUCGAAUGGUCUAUGAUAAAACAACAGGAAAGUCCAGGGGGUUUGGGUUCUGUGAAUACGAAUCCCCAUUGAUCGUAGAAAAAGCGCUGCAGAACUUGAAGAUAUCAUUUAAUGGAAGACCUGUAAAGAUAAACUAUGCCGAGAAUGACAUGCCGGCAAAAACCAAAGAGCCCGACAGCCAAAUCCCAGAAAUCGAUAAUUUGAUCAAUGUACUGGAUGGCAUGGAUAAGGAUAAUCUCAAGGAGGUUCUCUUUUACUUGAGGAAGCUGGCAUUGGAUCAACCAUCAUAUCUAAGGGAGCUUUUAAAUAAAAAUUCGAGCCUUGUUUAUGCAAUAAUCCAUGCCAUACUCAAACUUAAGCUAGCUGACCCCGGGGUUGUGGAUGAGAUCUUGAAAGAGUCCUUCGAUCUCAAUAAGCAGAAGGCACAGAUUCUAGAAAGAAUAUGUACAAUCUCUGAGGAUGAUUUAUGUUUUUUCUCAGAGGAUGUAAGAAGCAAAAUCAAGAAAGUGAGAAGCAUGGUCCUAAAGUCCAGAGUAGAUAAGUAA